AUGGCCGGACAGGCGCUGCCGACGCGGUUCCCGUGUUGGUGCAAGGCCGUGUACUCGUGGGGGGGAGAGGGCGACCUGAUCGAGGUCAUCAACGCCGGCGAUGGCUCCUGGUGGAUGGGACGGCUGAAGCGCGACAGGCGCAUGGUCGGCCUGUUCCCGAGCAACUUCGUCGAGCUGCUCGGCGAAGACUACCAGCCAUGGAGCGCGAGUCGCAACGGCAGCUCCGAGGCCGUCUCGCGGCAGAACAGCGCGCAGGCGCAGGCCAAGCCGGUGCCGCAGAAGCAGAAGAGCAUGUUCAGGAAGCCCUUCACAGCUUACGCGGCUGCAGGCGCCCCGAACCCAGCCGCUGCGGCGCGCGAGAGGCUGCGGCAAGGCGCGACGCCCCAGGCCGCGAAGACGACGAAGCCCUUCUCGUCCAUGAAGCAGCGAGACUCGCUUGAGGGCCGCGAAAGCGCAUCGCCAGCGCCAGCCUCCAGAGGGCCCUCCAAUCUGUGCGCCGUAUCGCCUCGACCGGCUACGAAACGACCCGCCACGUCCCCAGCGAAUGCAAACGUCAACAGGCACGGCUCGCACUUCACGCCGUCGCCGCUCACAAACGCUAUGAAUGAUGUCAUGUCCUCGCUGCAGGACAUGGCUUCGCCAGAACAAGAUACACCCUCGAACCCUUGGUCUCACGACGCAUUGGACCAGGUUCACCAGGCUUCAGCAAGGAUGGCUGGAUUGCAGACUGGCAACAGGAGUGGUAGUCGAAUGGGGGAUGACGACGACGAUGAGCCUGUGCAAGGUCCACCGGACGUUGACGAUUAUGUCAAGCGCAUGGAAAGCCGCUUGCGACGCAUGCAUCAGAUGGAGGCCAACAAGAAGAAAAAGGAAGAAAUGUUCAUGGGUGGCAAGAGCACACCUCCUCCAGUUCCGUCUAAGAAUCCGGGCUACCAGAGGCCAGGACCCUCGCCGAUCAAGGACAGCCCAGGGGUCGAACGCAAACAGACACUGCGCCAUCGCAAGUCGGUACAUGACCUUGGAAAGAGCCUGGGCAGGUCUUUUACCGGCAAGACAAACUCCACAACCACGACUGAAAGCACCAAUCGUAGCUUGAUGUCUGGGCACUCGGCAACAGCCAUGAGCUCCACUAGCGCUGGCAGCUACUAUCGCAAAAAGUUCGCCGGCGAGAGGUCUCGGAGCGGGGUAGGGAAUCGUCCAUCUGGAACGGGCUUUGGCUUCGAUGAUGGACGACCAGAGUCACCCUUCACGGGCGUCACGUACCACUCCAGUCAUGCAUCGGGCUCUCAGUCGCGACCUGGUUCAAGCGAUCAGCAACAGCAGUCGACACAACCCAGCACACCUGGACCAGAGAACCCGGAUCCUCUCGGUGGUCUGACACAGCCUAAGGCGAGACGAAGUGGUUUCUUCCGCAAGAUGAUCGACUCUGCGAAGACUCAGGCAGCCAAUGCUCGAAGCACCAUGGAGACUAUCAGCAGGCCGGCGUCUCGCGCAGCCAGUCGUGCUGCAAGCCGUGCUGCCAGCAGGGCAGGUAACCGCAUCGACCGCGUAGAGUCUAGUACUCCUAUCACAGGCUUUGCUGGUGGGUCUGCAGCCCAUCAACCAACACCAAGCAGAGAUGGCGGUCUAGGUACAACAGACUGGGUGCAGGUGCGCCGCGACGUCAACCGUUCCAACUCGUUGAGCAAGAACGAGCGUAUCGAGAGAGCGGAGCGGUGCCAGAUGAUGGAAUACCCUGCUCUGAACCCAGUCGAUAUUCUGAACGACGCUGUAGAGGGCGAUGAAGGUCUUGAUGGACUGCCAAUCGCUGAGCCCAUCGACUUUGCUGCGUGCAACUUGGCUCACGUCGACAAGGGCACCCGCUUUAUUAACAGUAUUCCCAUGGGCACCACUUCGGCUGCUCUGGCUCAAGGCUACGUCUGCAGGCCGUUCAGGAGCGAUGUUCAGCGUCUACGCGCCAUCUUCACCUGGGUCAGCGAGCGCAUUACCUGGGAAGAGGACUUCGAGGGCGAAAUGGACACCCGCCACGUCCUUCAGAGCAAGCGCGGAUGCUCGCAGGAGAUUGCCAUGGUGGUCGCCGAGAUGUGUGCGUCUGUUGGACUCCACGCUGAGGUCGUGCGCGGUUACUUGAAGACCCCCGGAGAGCCCCUGGAUCUUGAGAGCGUCGCGCAUCCGAAUCAUUCUUGGAACGCUGUCAUUGUCGACGGUGAAUGGCGCAUGAUCGACUGCUCGCUUGCAGGUCCAACGAACCCCAAGCGUGCGCAUUUCUCGAUGGCUGGUUCCCAGGUCGCUGAGAGCUGGUACUUCCUGGCUCGCCCUCUUGAGAUCUGCUACUCCCACGUUCCACUCCUGCCUGAGCAGCAGCAUAUUGUCCCGCCGCAGCCCCACGAUAUCCUCAUGGCUCUUCCGUGCGCUACGCCUACGUACUUCAAGCACGGGCUGCAGAUUGUCGACUUUGAUACUAGCAUGUUGAACCUCGACAAUCUCGAGAUGGCGCACGUAUACGUCAAUGUUCCAGAGAAUGUGGAGUGUGUUGCCGAAGUAGAAGCCAGGGCAUACUCUCAGGAUGCGGAUGGUGACUACUUCGAGAGUGGUGACUUUGUUCGUAAGCCAGCACUUGCGCAGGUAGAAUGGAUUGGAGGCCAGAAACGCUACACAGUCAAAGCGUUGCUGCCCGGAGAUGAAGGCCAGGGUGUACUCAAGAUCUAUGCUGGGCCUCGUGGACUUAUGCACUCCAACAAGCAAAAUCCGCACACCCUAGCCAUGGGCCUGCCGAUAACACACACCGGCAGUAACCCUCCGUACUCGUUCUUGACACUUCACCCAACACCACACGCGCAGCGCCACGAUCUUUACAUCGCACAGCCUCAGUGCUCCAAUCUUGUGCUCAAUAACACAUUCGUCUUCUGUGUCCGCCAACAUCCCUCAUCUACAACCCGCACCGAACCAGAGACUCCUCUCACUGGCCGCGCAUCACCCAACCCCUUCGCACGCCCUGCAUCAGCCAUGAGCAUGCAGUCCAUCUCCGCCACUGGCAGUAAUUACACCAAUCCGUCUCAAGCAUCUUCAGGCUCGAACGGAAGCAGCUCGAUGAAGCCUGCUAAGCUCGCCAUCCAGACACCCAGCGGCAAGAUCAUCCGACUGACCAGGAAGAGCGAACAUGUCAGCGUGCUGACUGAUGCCGACGGCACCGCAUGGGAGACGGUCAUCAAGAUUGGCGAGAAGGGUACCUGGCGUGGCCUCGUGCUGGCGGAUCGUAGCGCAAGAUGGUGUGUUUUUGCGCAGUGGGAGUACACCAUGGACGCCCAAAUCGCCGAGUGGCAGACCCGUGCCGAGGCACUGAAGCCUCUCAACCUCAAGCAAAUUGAGCCCAGCCUGCAGGAGCUCGAUGCCCACCUCACCCUCCGCUCGCACAUCGUUGGCUACACUAUCACCGAUGCCGACACCACUGUCUGGAAGACCCUGCGCGAGAACCGCGUCGCACACGCCUUCGUCAAGCAGAGUCUGAUGCCAAGCUUGUGUAGAUGGUUCAGGUACAUCGAGGAAGCGUACCCCCAAUCUGUUGUCCUGGCUGAGAGGCCGAAGGAGGCAACCAAGGGCGGCAGGAGCAAGAAGGAGGGCGCCAAUGACGAUGCCAACUACGACAUUGGUCUGCAGGAUGUCGGUGAUGGCACGGGAAUUGUCACACGUUUCCCUCCUGAGCCUUCAGGCUACCUCCACAUUGGACACGCAAAGGCUGCCCUGCUGAACGACUACUUCGCUCACACCAAGUACAAGGGCAAGCUCAUCCUUCGAUUUGACGACACAAAUCCCAGCAAGGAGAAGGCGGAAUUCCAGGACUCAAUCGUCGAGGACUGCGCUCUGCUUGGUGUCAAGCCUGAUCAGGUCUCCUACACCAGCGACUACUUCGAUGACCUCUAUGAGAGGGCUAUCCAGAUGAUCAAGGAUGGUCUCGCAUACGCCGACGACACUGCGCAGGAGAAGAUGCGCGCCGAGCGCAUGGACGGCAUUGCCAGCGAGCGCCGUGAGAUGAGCCCCGAGGAGACCUUGGCCAAGUUCGAGGUGAUGAAGACGGGCUCGGAGGAGGGCAAGAGAUGGUGCAUCCGUGCGAAGAUGUCCGUAGACAACCCCAACAAGGCCAUGCGCGACCCCGUCAUUUACCGAUGCAACCCCGAGGACCACCACCGCACCGGCUCCAAGUGGAAGAUGUACCCCACCUACGACUUCUGCUGCCCCAUCGUCGACUCAGUCGAGGGUGUCACGCACGCUCUACGUACCACCGAGUACAACGACCGCGAUGCGCAGUAUCAGUGGUUCAUCAAGGAGCUCAAGCUCCGCAAGGUCCACAACUGGGGUUUCGCCCGUCUGAACUUCGUCCGCACCGUCUUGUCCAAGCGCAAGCUGACCAAGAUCGUCGACGCGGGUUUCGUCUGGGGCUGGGAUGACCCGCGCAUGCCCACCGUUCGUGGUGUCCGUCGCCGCGGUGCUGUUAUCCCAGCUCUCCAGGAGUUUAUCCUGAAGCAGGGACCUUCCAAGAACAUCGUCAACCUCGACUGGUACUCCUUCUGGGCCACCAACAAGAAGCACAUCGAGCCUACCGCCGCGCGCUACAUCGCCAUCGACGAGGACGCCAAGGUCUCCGUCACCGUCGUUGGUGCACGCGAGGGCAUCAUUACUGAGGACAAGCCUAAGCACGCCAAGUACGACCUCGGCAACAAGAAGGUUGUCUUCAGCAAGGAAAUCAUCAUGGAGCAAGCCGACGCGCAGUCCUUCGCUCAAGACGAGGAAAUCACCCUGAUGAACUGGGGCAACGCCAUCGUCCGAAAGAUCUCGCACUCCAUCAACCCGCUCUCCAAGGACGGCUUCAAGACCGUCACUGGCCUCGAGCUCGAACUGCACCUGCAGGGCGACGUCAAGAAGACGUCUAAGAAGGUCACCUGGCUGUCCAAGGACCAGGAGCUCAUCCCCAUUGAGCUCGUGGACUUUGACUACCUGAUUUCCAAGGAUAAGCUGGAGCCCGAGGACACGCUUGAGGACUUCCUCAACAAGAAUACGGAGACCAGGGUCAAGGCUGUUGCGGACUGCAAUGCCGCCGAGCUCAAGGUCGAUGACAUUAUCCAGUUCGACCGCAAGGGCUUCUUCCGCAUCGACAAGGCCUUUUCGCACGGCCAGGCUAUCCAGGCUUUCCAGAUCCCCACCGGAAAAUCGAAGUAA